CUAGGGAUUGUGGGUGAUUCUUCUUCUAGACGAUCUAUUGCCAUAUCCACAGUCUUAGGUUUGUACAGAGUGCCUCUGGUUAUGCAUUACUUGGAAAAAGUUAACUUCACUACAACAUUUGGCGAUCAAGUGUCAUUUGAUGAAAAUGGUGAUGCCUUACCUGUAUAUGACAUUAUGAACUGGGUGUGGCUCCCUGAUGGAAGAACUAAAGCUCAGAGAGUGGGUGAGGUUAAGAGGUCAGCCUUCAAAGGUGAAGAACUCACACUGGAUGAAGAUAACAUAUUCUGGAAUUUUGAAUCCAAACAGCCUCCUCGGUCAGUGUGCAGUGAGAGCUGUCCUCCAGGUACCCGCAUGGCCAGAAAGAAGGGGGAACCUGAGUGUUGUUUUGACUGUGUCCCUUGUUCUGAGGGAAAGAUCAGCAAUACAACUGGUGAGUGUAAAUGCACCAGUUGUCCAGAAGAUUUCUGGUCCAGCCCCCAGCGUGACCACUGUGUUCCUAAGAAAACAGAGUUCCUCUCCUACCAUGAGCCUCUGGGUAUCUGCUUGACAACUAUCUCACUGUUGGGCACAUUUAUCUGUGUUGUUGUUCUGAGCAUCUUCAUCCAUCAUCGCAGCACACCUAUAGUUCGUGCCAACAAUUCAGAACUCAGCUUCCAACUGUUGCUUUCACUUAAACUCUGUUUCCUCUGCUCAUUGCUCUUCAUUGGACGACCCAGAUUAUGGACUUGCCAACUAAGACAUGCAGCAUUUGGCAUCAGCUUUGUGCUUUGUGUCUCAUGUAUCCUGGUGAAAACCAUGGUGGUUCUGGCUGUGUUCAGGGCCUCCAAACCAGGAGGUGAGUCCAGUCUGAAGUGGUUUGGUGCUUUGCAGCAGAGAGGGACAGUUCUGAUUCUGACUUCUGUUCAAGCCGCAAUCUGCAGUGCCUGGCUUGUCUCUGCUUCACCAGUGCCUCAUAAAAACACCCAGUAUCACAGUGACAAGAUAGUUUAUGAGUGUGUAGUUGGGUCCACAGUUGGUUUUGCAGUUUUACUUGGUUAUAUUGGUUUACUGGCUGUCCUUAGUUGUUUGUUAGCUUUUCUAGCAAGGAAUCUUCCAGACAGUUUCAAUGAGGCUAAACUCAUCACUUUCAGCAUGCUGAUCUUCUGUGCAGUGUGGGUGGCUUUUGUCCCUGCUUACAUCAGCUCACCAGGCAAAUAUGCAGAUGCAGUAGAGGUAUUUGCCAUCCUGGCCUCCAGUUUUGGCCUCUUGGUGGCGCUGUUUGGACCCAAAUGUUAUAUAAUCCUGUUGAGACCAGAGAGGAACACAAAGAAAGCCAUCAUGGGUCGAGGCAUUGGAUCAUAGAAACUGCAUUGGAUCAUAGAAACUGCAAAAAAAUGUAAACGUUAAAUAUCAUAUAACCUAAAAUAUUUUCAUGAUACGUUUUUUUUCUAAUUGUUUUUCUUUUAGGUUGUGGAAAAUCAAGUUUCCACAACCUAUGGGUUUCUAACUUGUAAUAUGGUGUGUGUGAAAGCACACACCUAGGCAAAAGUUAAUGGAUUACAAAAUCACAGUAUGUAAAACUAUUUGGCACAACUAAUGACUUUAAAAGUAUUGGGGGUUAGUGCACAUGCCCUAUUUUAUUUUGGAACUUGUGAAAUGUGAAAGGUGUUGGAUUCAAUGUGCGUGGAAGUGGUGGAUAUAAAUAACAGCUCAUUAUUUUGCAGUCAGUCGGUUGGGGGAUGCAUAGAAUAAUUCACUAUUUGGCAAUCAAUUUUUUUUGUGGAUGUUUAGAACAGCUCAUUAAUUGGCAGUCUCCUAGUGCAUAUCGAGAGCAGCUCAUUAUUGAGCAGUCAGUCGGUUGAUGGAUGUUUAGAAAAGCUCAUUAUUUGACACUGUUCCAUUACCCAUCUGAGGUAAAAUAUUUGCUGUACCACAAAUUGUGUUCAUGCAAUGAAUAAACGUUAAAUAUAGAUAGA